CUGAUCGCAUGACGUCACCCACAAAAAUAAACUUUGACAAAAUAACUUCUUAUUUAAACAAAUAUGUGAUAAUUUUUAUUGCAAUUUAUCAUAAAAAAAAGGGAUAGAAAUCACCUUGAAUGAUGUCACAUCAUACUGGGGUGUUGCCCUUCGUGAGGGGCAUAGAUUUUACUAGAAAUGACUUUAGCAACGAUAAGUUUCCGGACGCGGUGGGCUACAUGACCGGAGUCCAAUGGCUGAAACUGGACCGGACAAACCUGAAAGAAAUCCCCAAAGAGAUGGGAAACCUGAUGAAACUUGAGCACCUUUCGUUGACCAGGAACAAUUUGGAAAAACUGUAUGGAGAAUUGACCGAACUGAAUUGCCUAAGGAGCCUCAACUUGAGGCACAACAAAGUAAAAAGUUCAGGAAUCCCUGCGGAACUAUUUAAUCUAGAGGAGCUGGGAACCUUGGAUUUAAGUCAUAAUAACUUAAAAGAGGUUCCAGAGGGGCUGGAUAGGGCCAAAAGUUUGUUGGUGUUAAACUUGAGUCACAAUCAUAUUGAUGCCAUUCCAAACUCUCUGUUCAUUAACCUCACCGAUUUGCUCUUUUUGGACCUGAGCAAUAACAACUUGGAAACUCUUCCGCCACAAACCAGACGACUGACAAACUUGCAAAGUCUCAUUUUAAAUAACAACCCGAUGGGCCAUUUUCAGCUCAGACAACUGCCCAGCCUAAUAAACCUGGAAACGCUGUAUUUGCGAAACACCCAAAGAAACCUGAGCAAUUUCCCCAAUAAUUUGGAGAAUCUGUUGAAUUUAAACGAUGUAGACUUGGCCGAGAACGCCCUACCGAAAGUCCCCGAUUCCUUAUACAUGCUGGUAAAUCUGAAAAGGUUGAACUUGAGCGAUAACGAAAUCACUGAGUUGUCUUCUGCGGUUGAAAUGUGGCAAAAACUGGAAACUUUGAACUUGUCCCAUAACAAACUCACCGCCUUACCCUCGACCUUAUGCAAAUUGCAGUGUUUAAGGAGACUUUUCGUUAACGACAAUCAACUGGAUUUCGAAGGGAUCCCUUCGGGGAUAGGGAAAAUGGGCGCCCUGGAGAUCUUCUCUGCUGCCCAUAAUAAGUUGGAAAUGGUCCCGGAAGGACUUUUCAGGUGUGGCUCCCUAAGAAAACUGAACUUAAGCUCCAACAGACUGGUGACCCUGCCGGAUACGAUUCAUUUGUUAAACGACCUCGACUCCUUGGACCUGAAGAAUAAUCCCGACUUAAUGAUGCCCCCUAAGCCCACCGAGGUCACCCGGGGGGCAGGGGUGGAGUUUUACAACAUCGACUUUUCAUUGCAAAAUCAGUUGAGACUUGCUGGGGCCAGUGUGCCUGCCCCCGCGCCUGCACAAAAUCCGAGCAAGGAUCCAAUAGCGAGAAAAAUGAGGCUCAGAAGGGGCCGAAGGGAUCAGGAGGAGGCAGAUCAAGAUCAAGCCAAGAUCCUUAAGGGUAUGAAAGAUAUAGCAAAGGAGAAAAACCGAAACCUGCAAGAAGAGGAGGCAAAAGUCGAGUCUUUGAAGCCCAAGAGAUGGGACGAAUCUCUGGAAAAACCCCCGUUGGACUAUUCGGAAUUCUUCGAGGAGGACGCGGGGCAAUUUCCGGGCUUAACGAUAUGGGAAAUCGAGAAUUUCCUACCGAAUCGUAUCGACGAGGUGGCCUACGGAAAGUUUUACGAGGGCGACUGCUAUAUCGUGUUAAAAACCUUCCUGGACGAGAACCAAAGUCUGAACUGGGAAAUUUACUUUUGGAUCGGCGAGAAAACUUCCUUGGACAAAAAGGCGUGUUCGGCCAUUCACGCGGUUAACUUGAGGAAUUACUUGGGGGCCCAGUGCAGGACGAUUAGGGAAGAACAGGGGGACGAAUCCGACGAAUUCCUUAAUCUAUUCGACACCCAAAUAACGUACAUCCAAGGGGGCCGAACCUCCAGCGGGUUCUACACAGUUGAAGAUAUGUCGUUUGACACGCGGUUUUAUCGGGUACACGCUGCCGGCCCGUCGAUACAUUUAGAACCGGUGGCUUUGAGUCCCGAUUCCCUGGAUCCCCGUUACGUGUUCGUUCUGGAUAAAGGAAUGAACAUCUUCAUAUGGAACGGGAAACAAGCGAAGAACACCCUCAAGUCGAAAGCGAGACUGAUGUGCGAGAAAAUCAACAAAAACGAGCGGAAAAACAAGGCGGACAUCGUGACGGAAACGGUCGGAGACGAGAGCAAAGAGUUCUGGACCAGUUUGGGGUUGCCCGAGGGCGAACUGCCCCCGCAAGUCUUUACUGAACAUGUUGAUGCUGAUUUCACCCCGGUGCCCCCCAGGUUGUAUAAAGUACAAUUGGGGAUGGGGUAUUUGGAGUUGCCCCAAGUGGAAGUGCCCCACGGCAAGUUGGUCAAUACGUUGCUGGUUAGCAAGAACGUUUAUAUUCUGGAUUGUUAUUUGGACGUGUUUGUUUGGAUUGGUAAAAAAUCGACGAGACUGGUUAAUGCCGCGGCCGUUAAACUAUCCGAGGAACUGUUCAGUAUGAUAGACCGACCGGACCACGCUCUCAUAACCAGAGUAAGGGAGGGCACAGAACCACAGGUGUUCAAAUGUAAAUUCGCCGGGUGGGACGAGGUGAUAGCGGUCGAUUUCACGCGUACCGCUCAAUCGGUACAAAAAACCGGCGCCGACUUGACGAAAUGGGCGCGACAACAAGAAACGAAAGCCGACCUGACCGCCCUUUUUACCCCCCGGCAACCCGCGAUGGCCCUACACGAGGCCCAACAAUUAAUGGACGAGUGGAACGAAGACCUCGAAGGGAUGGAGGCGUUCGUGUUGGAAGGGAAAAAGUUCGUUCGACUACCCGAGGACGAGAUCGGGCAUUUUUAUUCGAAAGACUGCUACGUUUUCUUGUGUCGCUACUGGGUACCGCCGGAGGAUGAGGAUAUGCCCGCCAACGAUAUGGACGACAUUCAAGUGGUCGUUUAUUUCUGGCAAGGCAGGGAGGCCUCCAAUAUGGGCUGGUUAACGUUCACUUUCACCUUGCAGAAGAAGUUCAAAGCAGUAUUUUCGGAAAACUUGGAGGUAGUAAGGACCCAUCAGCAGCAAGAAAACAUGAAAUUCAUGGCCCACUUCCGCAGAAAAUUCAUCAUCCACCAAGGGAAACGUAAAGUGAAAGAGAAGAACGACGUGGAGUUUUACCAUUUACGGUCGAACGGUAGCGCCCUAUAUACCAGACUGGUGCAAAUUAGACCGGACGCCUCGCUACUGAACUCCGCCUUCUGUUAUAUCCUUAAAGUGCCAUUCGAGCAAGACGACAAUCCGGAUUCCGGGAUCGUGUAUGUCUGGAUGGGAUCGCGAGCCGACCCGGACGAGACCCGCCUGAUCCAGGAUAUAGCCGAGGAGAUGUUCAACAGCCCCUGGGUGUCUUUGCAGGUGUUAUCCGAAGGUGAAGAACCGGACAACUUCUUCUGGUUGGGUCUGGGGGGCAAGAAACCUUACGACACCGACGCCAGUUUUAUGCAGUACACGAGAUUGUUCCGGUGUUCGAAUGAAAAGGGUUACUUUGUCGUCUCCGAGAAGUGUUCUGACUUUUGUCAGGACGAUUUAGCUGAUGACGACAUCAUGAUCCUCGACAAUGGCGAGCAAGUGUUUUUAUGGUUGGGUCCCAAAUGCAGCGAGGUCGAAAUAAAAUUGGCCUACAAGUCGGCCCAGGUUUAUAUACAACAUAUGAGGGUUAAGCAGCCUGAUAAGCCCCGUAAGCCCUUUGUGACCGUUAAAAAUAAGGAGUCGAAGAGGUUUACGAAGUGCUUCCACGGGUGGGGACCGCAUAAGAGGCCUCCCGAGUAAUGGGGCGUUACAUUUGUUUUAGAGAUUUGCACUGUAUUUAUUUAAAUAAACUUUUUUUUACAAUCA